UCUUCCGUCACCCGCCUCCACGAGUGCAGCCAAAGGCUUCAUAUUCAUUCCGCAAUUCGGACGGCCAUUUGUGUCGCUCGUAGCGCGGACCUUUCACCCUGUUCUCCUUGUAAUCUCCCUUACUUUUAUCCUUGACACCUCUGCCACUACCGUUGCUGUCGCCCUUCAUCAACAGCCUGAUUGCAGUUCUUUAGCACGCGAGGCAUACUUUGCUAAGCUCGUGGCAUUGGGCGCAUCGCAAAUCGAGGUGCGGUCAUACCCUAUAGACAACUCAAUCCUUCACUUGUUGUUUCUCGGGAAGAGGAGGUACAUAGCUGGUCAUAAUACCCUGCCGGCGCUCAAUUCGCCGAGGCAAUUCUAGCUGGUUUCAAUCCGGAAGCAGCUUUGACAGAGCAGUCUCACUUGCCCGCGAAAUCUAAAGUCCGUUGACCGUUUCAACUAUGGCCCUCGUUCCUCAUCCAUCGCCGCCGGGUGUGUUGGGCCUACAACCCCCUCAUCUUGGCCAGUACAACGGGGCGGCACCAGUUGAUGCACACAUGCAACGACAACGGCUACUGUCUCAAUUGAAUGAGUCGACAUGGCAAAGAAUCGGCUCCUUGAAUGAAUUGCUAGGAGACCAUGAGGGAGCGUUAUUCGCAUACGAGCAAGCUCUGCGGCACAACCAAUGGUCACCGCAGACUCUCAAUGCCAUCUCAUGUAUCCUCCGUACGAAGGAGAAGUAUCCAGAAGCCAUGGAGUAUCUCAAGAACAUCCUGAAAGUAGAGCCCGCUAAUGGGGAGGCGUGGGGAAAUCUUGGCCAUUGUUACCUGAUGAUGGACAAUCUACAAGAAGCCUACACGGCAUAUCAGCAAGCACUCUACUAUCUCCCUGAUCCAAAGGAGCCCAAAUUGUGGUACGGCAUAGGCAUCCUCUACGACCGAUACGGCUCCCUUGAGCACGCAGAGGAGGCAUUCUCUCAGGUCAUGCGGAUGCAGCCAGACUUCGAAAAAGCCAACGAAAUCUAUUUCAGACUCGGAAUAAUUUACAAGCAGCAACAGAAAUUUCAACAGAGUCUUGAGUGUUUCAAAUAUAUUGUCAAUGAUCCGCCACGUCCUUUGAAUGAGGAAGAUAUCUGGUUCCAGAUCGGCCAUGUUUAUGAGCAGCAGAAAGAUUUCGAAGCUGCCAAGGCUGCUUAUCGACGAGUCCUUGAAAGAGACCCCAAACACGCCAAAGUGUUACAACAGCUCGGCUGGCUGCAUCACCAACAGAGCAACAGUUAUGCUAGCCAAGACCAGGCAAUUGAGUAUCUGGAGCAAUCAGUUAGCUCAGACAAUCAAGAUGCCCAAAGUUGGUACCUGCUUGGACGUUGCUAUAUGGCGCAGCAGAAAUUUCCCAAAGCAUACGAAGCCUAUCAGCAAGCCGUGUACCGAGAUGGUCGCAACCCUACCUUCUGGUGUUCCAUCGGCGUCUUGUACUACCAAAUCAACCAGUACCGUGACGCACUUGAUGUAUACUCCCGUGCGAUUCGCUUGAACCCGUACAUCUCGGAAGUGUGGUACGACUUGGGCACUCUGUACGAGUCGUGCAACAAUCAAACUUCGGACGCCCUUGAUGCCUAUGCCCGCGCUGCAGAGCUUGACCCUACCAACACUCACAUCAAGGCCCGUCUCGCCCUGCUGAGGAGCGGCCAACCCACCGGACCUAACCAGCAAAAUGCUCCUGUCCCUCAAGAUGUCCAUCCACAAGCAUACCAGAAUGGCGUCGGUGUCCCACCGGGCCCUCAAUGGGGUGGCCCUGCGGCUUCUAAUCAGCAGUCGCAACCGCCGCCGGUUGAUCCUGCCAGAGUCCACGACUGGACCAGGGGCAUCGCAGGGAUCCAGCAACCUCCACAGCCCAAUGGCUUUGAAGGUCGUGACAGCAUGAGGGCUCCUCCUCCACGUGCUCAGAGUCCACGCAUUGAACCCCUGCGCCCCUACGACUCUUCGCGCCAAACCCCAUCCCGGAAGAUCCAGUCACCAUCACCUAAAAUGCAACCUGGAAUGUAUCCUCCAGGUCCUCAAACAUUACCACAAAUUUCCAUGCAAGAUCGUGGUCCUUCAUUCGGUGGUGUGCGCCCAUCACCUACCAUGAACGGAGCUCCUUUGCCGCCUGCCAAUGCCCCACCAUCAAACAAUACUCUGCCUCCAUACGGACGACCGUUCAGUCCACCAAGCGAGCUGCGACCACUUCGAGAUGAGCGUCCGUCAUCUCCGGGAGGUGCUUUCCGGCCCCCACCAUUCCAGUCUGGACCUUUCCCAAGCAUUGCUAAUGGCGUUUCCUCUGCUGCUCCACCUUUACCCCCCGUAGAAGGACCAGCAAGAGAGGAUCGACCGCCCUCUGCAAUGAAGCGUACCCGCGAAUGGGAGGCUGAUCAAGGACCAUCAAAGAAGAUCGCCAAUGAUGAGACUCGUGCUCGCUUGGACGAUCCAGGCCGGCGACACAGCCCUCCUGGACGUCUUCCUACACCGAACGACCAUUUCCGACGUAGCUCCUCAGAGGUACGUCGCGAGAAUGAGCGACGAGCUAAUGAGAACUAUCAUCCGUCCGAGGCGGCUCAUCAUCCUUACAGUCUAGCACCUCAGCAGAUACCCUCCAUGCAAUCGAUCUUGGACGGCCCAAAAGAUGAACGUCCGGAGCAUGUUGAACAAGCUGCUCGCAAAGUAGAGGUUGAUGAGGACUAUGAUAACAACAGCGAAGAUGAUAGGCGAGCUGGUACAGGGCCUACGAGUAGCCCUCAAGUUGCUCCUCCUCCGUCAGCCACCUCUAAGCAGGAAGCCACUGCAUGAUUUGAACGUUCGUUAUUCUCUUUCAUUGGGCGGAUUUGUCUUGAAGGUGUUGAGGCACAUUGUACAGCAUGUCGGGUUUACGGUGGUCACUCUGGAAAAAGCCCAUUACUGCUUCACAGCUUGACUCUAUACCAGAGUUUACUACAUUCUCGGCAGAAACGAAAUGACGAUUGCAUUGUUAGCAUGUGUGCUAUGGUUCCACUCGUAUCUCUACAAGAGCGCUCACGUGAACCAAAGAGGAGUGUGGGAUUUAUAGCUAUUCGAGCCCACCCAUGGAGGAAGAUGUGCCUGGCUUUUGUCCUUCCAAUCCUCCCAAAAUAUUGGCCGUGGCAGCAUACUAUGGUCUCAUGGGAUAAACGGUGCAACGCAACUCGCAUAACCGGGGUGCAACAUAUCUGCCGCUUGCAUGCUCGGGCAGCAGUUGGCCAUCACAUUGAACAGGAGGCCGUCCUGCCACGUAAAUUGUGAUUGCUGCUGUUUGUGGUCGAAUGGUACCCUAGCACCAAAGACUGUACCAAUAUUGUGUGUAACAGCUCGCUGAGCAUCACAUAUGGCUUCGGAAUGGUUGAAUCAGAGACUGCUAAUACUCGAAGGUUCGCUUUAGCGUCGUCUUCGCAGAUUAGGUUCUCAUGCGUGUUACCGUCAGACUUUCGGUCGCCGUUAUUGACAGACCAAUAGCAGGAGAACCGACCGUCAAGACCUUUCUGACCUGUCGCUGAACCGAUAUAGGCUUCCAUAAGGUCGCCAUUCUGAACCGCUUUUCCGGUGACCAUAUCAAGGCAGAUAGUACACAGGAAAACUCCUUUCCAUUUUGCAGGUAAUAGGAGAAGCUCCUUUCGGGUUAAGGGCCCCCCCCCGAGGACGAGACUGACUGUCUCUGGUGCGGCUUGUAGGAUGAUUGGCAGGACAUGCUGCACCGAGAUAUACAUGAGAAAGUUCCACCAUGCAACAUUCAUCGCUCUCUCGGUUCCUGCAGACGAGAUCUCUUCCAAGAGAACGCCUUAGCUGAUUGCUGAAGGCUCUCGAGAAUGAACUUGAACCGGAGCUCAUACCGCAUGAGUCGUUGCUGUUUCUCUGUCCACGACAGAUCUGACAGUGCCUUUGGCAAGCGGCAG